GGCAAACUCUCCAACACGCUCAAGUUGAGUCUCUACGCAGUUCAUAAUGGGCAAUUCGGAAUCACAAGCUAUCAACUUCACUGUUGUAGACAGGUGGCAAGAUGUUGAUGAAGUGCUUAAUCACGCUGCGCCUGGUGAUCUGAUCGAGUUCCGCCGUACCAUGGGCCUGUAUGGUCAUUGGGCCGUCUACAUCGGUGACGGAGAGGUCGUCAACUACGGUCGCAAAAACCCUAGAACUUCUCUAGUUCAAAAAGAGUCUUUACGCCUCGUGGCUGAAGGGGGUGGAUGUCGAAUUAAUAACUUGACUUCCGCCGCCAGAUCCAAAAAUCUGACUUCUUUUAGCCAGUCCGAGAUUGUUCGACGUGCGACGAGCCACAUCGGCGAAGAAUCGGAUUACAAUUUAAUUGAUCACAACUGCGAAGUCUUUGCAACAAAGUGCCGCUACGGUACAGGGUUCACUUGUCAACCGUCAGAGAGGUUGAUUGAUGUUGGGCACGUUGUUAGCGGUGGAGGAGCCAUGGGUUACGCCGCUGGUAGACGGGCGGUUGCCGAAGGGAGGUGGACUGAAGAGGAAGUCGCAGACUACCUUUGGGAUUCUGCCAAUAGUAUGUAUUAUUAACUGAAUGAUAUGUAUUAUUAUUGAUCAAGAAUCGACCAUGUCUUGUCUUUACGUAUUGAUUUAUUCAGCCGGGCAACAGCUUAAUUGCAAGAUUCUAAAGUUUUUUAUUUCUAAUUACAUUUGCUUGGAUUGAAAUACAUAAUUUAUGGUUGCAAAAUUGCAAUCUGUUUUCCUA